ACGGAGAGCGAGCGAGGUCUUUCCUCUUCGGCGUGAGCUCACCAAAUACACACACACAUUCGCCCAUCCACCACCUACAUAGCUUUAAUCGUGUGUGUACGGUUGGUACGAAAUGCAUGGGGGUCCCUGCGUGUUUCAACGCAGACGAUAUUUUCUAUGUUUUCUUUUUGCGAUCUGCACAGCUGAUUCGCCAACACAAAGCUAACACAUGACAUGCGACGACAAAGAAAUGCGAGCCUCAUAUCGACAGGCACAAUAAACUGUACCAAAUCGACGGGAAUUGAGCUCGGAAACGUGCAAUAGAGCUCUCCUUUUCUCCGGGAUUAUUCAUCUAUAUGCUGGCAUAUUUUGAAUAACCAACACGCAGAACCAUGGCGGAUAUUUCCUCUCCAAAAUUGAGCUUCUUAUCUUUGCGGAUGUAUGUUAUGAUUUUUGUCGGAGCUUCCCUGAUGUGCGAAAGUAUAUCAGCGCUCGAAAUCUUCACCCAAAAGACAGUAUCCCUGUGGCUGGACAAGACAGACCAAAGCAUCCCAUGCGAUGUACGACUACAGGAGGGGGAGCGGAUAUCGGGGUUCUCCUGGAGCCGAGCGCAGGAGGGGGCAUCGGACCCAAUCGAAAUUAUAAAGGUGUUCCGCGAUGUUGUAUCGGGCUCGGGAAUUGAGAGCGGGAAUUUCAGUCUUUCAGAGAACAAGUCGCUGGUAUUACACCGGCCACCAACGAUAGAGGACGAGGGGCAAUACAUCUGCAAAGUGAUUUUAUCGGGCGCCUCCGCGGGGGAUCAAAAUACAAAUUCCAGUACUAUUCGUGUUCUUUCUGCUCCGACGGAACUAUAUCCUACUAUUCUUGAAUGUGCAAACGCCGAUGAACAUGCUGAAAAUGAGGACGAAACAUGUGUAAUCAAACUCGAGGUUGGGACGGGUAUAAACUUAACAUGCGAGAUUUCUGGAUUUCGACCCCUCUUGGAUUUAAGGUGGACAAACGCAACUCAGGACGAGAUUGCAAGUUACAGGACGUUGACAAAUAAUUCUGAUGGAACACAAAACCUGUCCGUGACAUUUGAAGUAACAUCUAGUCUUGAGAGACAGGAGUUUUCAUGUAAUGUGAGCGGGGAAGCAGUCUCGGGACAAAGAUGGAGCGUAGUCGCAAUUCAAGGGGUAGAAGCAAACGGGUCACCACUCGUAGUCAUCAUCGUCAUCGUCGUGUCAAUCCUAUUAGUACUCUUGGUCCUCUUCAUUUGCAUCAUCCUCAUACUCAAGAGCAGGAGGAGGAGGUCGAGAGCUGAACCGGGGACGCCGACAAGGCAGGAACAGCUCACAGAACUAGAGAGGGGAUCGGCUGUCCGUCCAAUAGAAAACAAUCACUACACAAACGAGCCAGUAUCUGUGCUGGUAGAAGAACCGCCCGUAGAGAUUGUAGAGACCAAAUGUACCGAAGGAACACAGACAGAUAUUCCUGAACCACCUGAAGACGAAGACAGAAUGAGCACAGAUGACAUCGAACAGUCUCAGGAGUUAUUGAACAAGGAUGAUAGAGAAGACAGCCAAUCCAACUCAAGAGCACCGUCACACCUUUCCAGUCGAUCAGACAUCGCCCAUCAUGAAUUCGGGGAGAGCUGGGUUUGCGUGAGCCCCGAGGAGCUUCGGAAUCUACAAGAUCGCAAAGAUGACGACGGAACCGGUGCAGAUGAACCAGGUACAUCUGUUGAGCGCCCUCAGCGUCCGGGUCACUUUCGUGGUGUGUUCCAGGGCUUUGGUAACCUUCUGGACACCUUCAGCAACUUGAUGCGGCAUGAAGCCUAAUAUAAGAGAUGCCGACUGUCGCUGUUAAUAUAUUUAUUGCUUCUAUUUUGUCUUGUUUUCAAUAACUUCGCUUUGGCCACAUUGGCAAAGAGCGGAAUGGUAUUAGACAGCAGAUAUAUAUGGACUAUACUAACACAAUGGAACAUGGUCAGACGUGACCUUAAAAACCCUGCUUGUAUAUCUUGCCGUGUUUAAUUUUGAUGGGUAUCUAAAGUAUCUGCAUGUCAAAAGACAUGAACAGAUAUUCAGUAUGAAACAUCCUGGAAAUCAUGCAUAAAGUUUAUAUAUCAAACAUUAUGUAUCUUACGUGUCAGGAGGUGAAGGCCACAAUUCGCUGACAGAGACUUGGUCGAAAUACCAUUGCUGAUGUGUAAAAGUCUGCACGCAGAAAACACCG